UCUCUCUCUCUCUCUCUGUCUCUCUCUCUAUCUCUCAUCUCUCUCUCUCUCUCUCUCUCUCUCUCUCUCUCUCAGUGAUCUUCAGCUCAGCUCGGAGUGAUGAGGGGGCGCUGCACAGUGUGAAGAUGGCCAACGCUGUGGCUUCCUACGACCAGCUGGCCCACCAGGUGGAGGCGCUCCGUAAGGAGAACUCUCACCUGAGGAGGGAGCUGGAGGACAACUCCAACCACCUGUCCAAACUGGAGACCGAGACCACUGGGAUGAAGGAGGUGUUGAAGCAGCUGCAGAGUAAACUGGAGCAAGAGGCAGGAACACUGGCCUCGUCUGGGAGGAGUGACGUGCUGCACCAACUCAAAGAGCUCCACAUGGACCUCACUAACUACUACGAACUCAAGCACCAACCUCACAACCUGAGGCUGCUGACGGGCAGUCUGGGAGGUGCGGGGCUAACAGGUGUCGGCGGGGCGGAGCUAGACGACCAUCUGGCCCUGCAUCCUUCCUCCUGCUCCUCCUCCUCGAGAGCCAGGAGUCCGCUCAGAGCUUCGUCCCGCCUCAGCGCGGCGCCCGGGGGGGAGGCCGCCGCCAUCAUGCUACCGCAUCACUUCCUGGACGGAGCGCCGCCCAAGACGGCUGUGAUCAGCGGGGCGGAUGGACGAAUGAGCGACCAUCACCAGGAGGAGCUGUACAAGGAGAGAAACCUCUUGCUGGGGGAGAUCGACCGGGAGGAGAGGGAGCGCUGCUGGUACUUCAGCCAGUUGGAGGCGCUGUCACAGAGACUGGCUCAGCUGCCUCGCAUCGACACGUUUUCUCUGCAGAUGGAUCUGAUCAGGCAGCAGCUGGAGUUUGAAGCCCAGCAGGUUCGAUCUGUGAUGGAGGAACGUUUCGGUACCAGCGAUGAGAUGGUUCAGAGGACACAGGUGCGUGUUGCUCGUCUGGAGCAGCUGGAGAAAGAGCUGCAGGAGUCCCGAGGGAGUCAAGAGACCCAGUUACAGCUGUCUGGAGCUGAGAAGCCCCCUGCUGGAGAACCACAGAACAACGUGUCAUCAGCUGCUGCAGCAGGAACAGAAGCUCCUGCAGACGGAGGCAGCAAGGUGGAGAUGGUGUUCUGGCUGCUCUCCAUGCUCGCUAACAGAGAUAAGGAGGAGAUGUCUCGGACUCUGCUGGCUCUGUCCAGCUCUCAGGACAGCUGCAUUGCCAUGAGAAAGUCUGGCUGCGUCCCCCUGCUGGUACAGAUCUUGCAUGAAGUUCCGGGUGGCAGUGGCGGCGGACCCGGGGAAACAGCGGGGGGCAGAGAGGCAAAAUCCAGAGCCAGCGCCGCCCUCCACAACAUCAUCUACUCCCAGCAGGACGAGGGCCAGGCCCGUCGGGAGAUGAGGGUGCUGCACAUGCUGGAGCAGAUCCGGACCUACUGUGACAGCGGAUGGGACUGGAUCGAGAGCCACACAGGGAUACCGUCACCAGGAGGAACCAAAACCACCGACAUCCCUGAACCUGUGGACCCUCAGAUCUGUCAGGCCAUGUGCGCCAUCAUGAAGCUUUCCUUUGAAGAGGAGUACCGACGCGCCAUGAAUGAAUUAGGUACGUCAAACACUUACAAGUCUUUUGUUUUUCCCAAAACAUCAAUGACAUAUUUUGCUCAGAGUUUGUUGUGUUGUCUUCCAGGCGGCCUGCAGGUGGUGGCUGAUCUGAUCCACCUGGACCAGGACAUGUAUGGCAUGCAGAACGACCCCAUUAACAUGGCUCUGCGUCGCUACGCAGGGAUGGCCGUGACUAACCUCACCUUCGGAGACGUCGUCAACAAGGCGACUCUUUGCUCAAAGAAGAGCUGUCUCCAGGCCAUGGUGGCCCAACUGGCCUCUGACAGUGAGGAGCUCCAUCAGGUGGUCUCCAGCAUCAUGAGGAACCUGUCCUGGAGGGCUGAUAUCAACAGCAAGACAGUCCUCAGAGACAUCGGCUGCGUGUCUGCACUGAUGACCUGCGCCCUGCAGGCCACCAAGGAGUCGACAUUGAAAAGCCUCCUGAGCGCUCUGUGGAAUCUGUCGGCUCACAGCAUCGACAACAAGGUGGCUAUCUGUUCAGUGGACGGCGCUCUGGGCUUCCUGGUCAGCACGCUGACAUACCGAUGUCAAACCAACUCGCUCGCCAUCAUCGAGAGCGGAGGAGGAAUUCUUCGAAACGUGUCCAGUCUGGUCGCCACACGGGAAGACUACAGGCAAAUCCUCAGGGACCACAACUGCCUCCAGACUCUGCUGCAGCACCUGCGCUCCCACAGCCUGACCAUAGUGAGCAACGCCUGCGGGACUCUCUGGAACCUUUCUGCCCGAAGUCCGAAAGACCAGGAGCUGCUGUGGGACCUUGGUGCAGUUAGCAUGCUACGUAACCUUAUCCACUCCAAGCACAAGAUGAUAGCCAUGGGCAGCGCUGCAGCUUUAAGGAAUCUCCUCACCAAUCGACCCUUGAAAUACAAGGAUGCUGCAGUCGUAUCCCCUGGCUCAUGCAUGCCCUCACUCUACAUGAGGAAACAGAAGGCUCUGGAGGCAGAGCUGGAUGCCAAACACCUUGCAGAGACUUUUGAUACCCUUGAGAAACAGAGCCCCAAGCACCUGACCCUCAUCAAGCCGCUACGGCACAUUGAGAGUCUGGCAAAGGAUUACGCAUCUGAUUCUGGUUGUUUUGAUGAUGACGAGGCCCCCAACGUCUCCAGUAGCCUGGACACUGGGAAUUUCUCUAUGCUGUCCAUGUUCCUUACAAAUUCUAACUUCCAGCAAAACCAACUACGUAAGAGGGACAGUGAACCUGAGAGAGACGUAGAUAUGCCUCAGAUGGUUGAGAAGAGACACGCUCCUGCUGACGAUGUGGUAUCUGCCGCUGCAGAGAAACUAGCAAAAAAGAUCACCAACACGGUUGCCAAGAUUGACAGGUUAGUGGAGGACAUCACCAUGCACACAUCCUCAGAGGACAGUUUUAGCCUCAGCUCUGAAGACCACCUGGCGGACUGGCCUUACGGACUGGAUGAACUCAAUGAAGCCCGGGCAAAAUCAUGCUCCCCCUGCCGUCUCUCUGAGACAAGCAGCUUGGCCCACAGGGAACGCCUAAGUAGAGCCCACGCCCUCUUGCGCCUCAAAACUGCCCAUACAAGUGUAUCAACAGACAGCCUAAACAGUGGAAGCACCAGUGAUGGCUACUGCGGCAGCAAAGACCAAAUGCGACCUGCUCCAAAAGCUCUAAUGAUGCAACAACGACCCAACCAGCUUGAUCUCAAGGUGGCUCAUCAAGAUUACCUUAAUGUAGGACCUUCUGUCUUGAAUGAGACUAACCAGCAAGAUAUUCCGGAGAGAGAUUCUGUGGACAACAAAGAUGGGAGAGCUAUAGAGGUCAGCAGCACAGAUGCAGAAAAGAACCAGGAUCAACCUGUACAAACACCUGUCAGUGCAUCCACUAAACUCUCCUCUGAUGUCAGCAUGACUUCAAUUAAACUGUCUCCUUCUUAUCAGCAGGUACCACUCAUUCAGAGUGUGGCCAAAUUUGGUGUAGCAAAGACAGCAAUCAAUGUCCAGGCCGCCCAAGCAAUGAGGAGGCAAGCAUGGGUACCUACUGUGAUGACUGGGGGUAGUAUUACAAAAUUUUCUCCAAUGACAUCAACCAGAAGCCCAACUAUCGGGCCAAUGGAGACAGUCCAAAAAUACUCGGUGGAGAACACCCCGAUUUGCUUCUCCCGCUGCAGUUCACUGUCCUCCCUGUCUUCUGGGGACGGAGCGCUGGACGGACAAAGUGAGAAUGAGCUGGAAAGUGACUCAUCAUUAGAAAUAAUUGAAGUGGAGGAUGGAGAAGUGGUGAAGAGAGCUGAAGAGGAUGAAACCUUGGAGGAUCUAAGUGACAGCCAGCUGCUGAUGACUGACUCAAAAACCUUCCCCAGUAAAGAGACUGAUUCCAUUGUGAUUCCCUGUCCUGCCAAAAGGGAAAAGGUGUUCCUUAGAGGAGCUUCACCAGCCAUACUUGAAGACAGAUCUCCAUCCAGUUCAUCUGAGAACUACAUCCAUGAGACACCUCUGGUAAUGAGUCGCUGUAGCUCAGUCAGUUCACUGGGCAGCUUUGAGUCGCCCUCUAUCGCCAGCUCAAUCCAAAGUGAUCCAUGCAGUGAGAUGAUAGAUGGAACUAUAAGCCCUAGUGAUCUCCCCGACAGCCCAGGGCAAACCAUGCCUCCUAGUCGAAGUAAAACUCCAUGUUGCGUUGAGUCAAAUGGACCAGAGACACAGGCUACAGGAAUAGAUGGCCAAUGGGAAAGCAGCCUGCGAACGUUUAUGGAGAUUGCAGACUCCAAAGAGAGGUUUAACUUUCCUCCUGACCUGGACACCAUGAUCUACUUCACUGUGGAAAAGCCCACUGAGAACUUCUCUUGUGCUUCAAGCUUAAGUGCUCUGCCUCUUCAUGAACACUACAUACAAAAAGAUGUAGAGCUGAAAUUGACCCCCUUACUCCAGCAAAAUGACAAAGAUCUUCAAUUCCCUGAUGAGGAUGAGCAAGGUUUCGACCACGGUGAGAGAUAUAGUGAGUGCAACUCAGACGAUGACAUAGAAAUCUUAAAGGAAUGCAUCAAUUCAGCAAUGCCCUCCAAGUUCAGAAAAGUAAGACCUUCCCUGAUGACCACCAUCCCUCCUCAUAUUCUCAAUUCCCAGAUCCGAAAACCGAUACAUCUUCCUGUAUACAUGAUGCUUCCAAAUGGCAAAACCCAAAUUUGUCCUGGGAGAAGAAUUGUCAUCCCACAACAGGACUUCAAAGUUGAUGAUUCAUCCUUCACUGAUUCUGCGGAAGGUACACCAGUCAACUUCUCCAGCACAACAUCACUAAGUGAUGAAACACUUCAGUAUCCAGUGAAGGAGAGGGGGGCUAAAGACUGCACAGCUAAAGGUAUGAACAAACAGGAAUUGCUCGAUGAUGAGGCUAAGAGGAUAGAAGACUUGAGGAUAUUCUCACACUUCCAUAAACCCAACAGGAUGAACUACCCAUCUGAGAUACAAAUGAACCGAACAACCAAACAUAUCAUUCCCACUCAGAGGGUGCUGAUGCAGAGCAAAGAGGUAGCCGAUAGAGUGGCAAAGCAAAGAAAUCGUGAUCAGUCUCCUAACCAACAAAAGAAGAGGCAAGGUCAAGGCCCAGUCAGGAAAUUGGAACUGCCAGUCAUUAAGCAAAACACAGACAGUAACCUUAAUAUGGGAUCACAAAAAGGAAAAACUAUUUAUCGACAAAUGACACAUUCUUCAGAGGAGAGUAACAGCUUCUAUGACGACGAAAAUCAAUCAAUGAAACGAACAAGUAGAAAACAGAUCAGGGAAGCAAGUAGAAAUACUCUCUCCCGGAGCAUGACAAAUAUUGGCAGGAUUGAUAAUCCCCAAGCAAUGCCCAGAGGAUUUCACAGGAUAAAACAGAAUCUGAUAAAGGAUGAAUCCCUGACAUGUUACUCACUUAGCUCCUCACUUAGUUCACUGAGUGAUGCCGAGUUUGAGGAUCAUAAAUCAAAAGCCCAACAAAUAUGGUACAAAAACAGACAUAACAAAACACUGAAUAUGAUGAAACAAACAAAGCCUAUGAACAUUCACAGCCAAUACGAAGAGCCAAGCUCACCAAGCUCUGUCAGCAUGGAUUCGGAGGAUGACCUCCUUCAGAAAUGCAUAACAUCUGCCAUGCCCAAGCAGAGAAGGAAGCUUUCUGCCAGGAAGAAGAAAGCAGAAAAUCAAAAACAAAAGGCCUCUGAUGGAUGGAAUAUGGAUGAGGAAAUGGAUAGUGAUGAUACAGCAUGGGAUAAAGACUCAGACCUCAAUAGUGUUGAAUGGAGAGCCAUACAAGAAGGUGCUAACUGUGUUGUCACUGGGCUACAGGCAUCAAAGUCUCAGGAGCCAUCCUCUGAAGAGACUGAAUCAGUCCUGUCAUUCAUGUCAACAUCCAGCUUUACACCCAAAGAAAGGAAGUUUGCUAAAGACAAAAAGGCAAAUAAACCUCUGGACUUCGCACAGCGCAAGCCAGUUCCAAACUUACCAGUGGUUUUCAGAGGCAGGACAGUGAUCUAUACACCGAAAAAAGAGGAAGCUCCAUCACAAAGACCUCCUCCCAGAAAAGUACCAACCAAGACAGAUGCUCCAAAGAACCCAAACCUUGCUCAGCACAGAUCAAAGAGCCUUCACCGAUUAGGUCGCCCACAGGACAUUGAACUGUCUUUGCCAAAGAGGAGCUCUACUCCACCUCCAAGGAUACCAAAAAGUUCAUCCUCUGGAUCAUCGCAAAGCUCUACACCAUCUAAACAGUCGCAGAAGAAGAUAAUAUCCCUGACUAAUAAAUCCAUCCAGAAAAAGAAUGCCUCACCAGCUUGUAGCCCACCAGCUAGUAGUCCGCCUGAAAGAAAGGGACGCUCUCCUGUUGUGAAUCAAAAUGAAAAGUCCCCACCACCUAAAACUCAAAAGUCACCUGUCCGAAUCCCUUUUAUGCAAAAUUCAGUCAGGCCCAGACCUUUGUCGCCUCUGGUAACUAACCUAACAACCAUCGGACAAACCAAUCAGGUCAACGGGAAAAGGGUGCCCCCCGCCAAUCGAUUUGGACUGGUCAGGAUGACUUCUGUCCAUUCAAGUGGCGGUGAGUCUGAGCGUAAUGGAUUCUUGAGACAGCUGACUUUCAUUAAGGAAUCACAGACUGUGCUGAGACGUGAUGGCUCUGCACGCAACAUGCCUGGAUCUCAGAAUGGAUCCCCCCACAGAGCAGUUCCUGGAGCUUCAGCUGUCUUCCUUUGCUCAUCACGCUGUCAGGAACUUAAGGCAGCUGUGCAAACCCCGCGAAGGGUGCAAGUAAAAGGUCCAAGACAAACACAGCAAGUCCAGAGGCCAGACCACGGCCUUGAGAAGCAGAAUACAACCCUCACUAGAGCGACCUCCAGUGAACGGGACCUAUCUGCAAGACGCCCAGCCAGGAGAACUAGCUCUGAAAGCCCCUGCAGAGUGGCUCAGCGAAACGGGCCUGGCAGAGUGUCCGGAGCCAGGCAGCAACAAGACAAAGAUACCUUUAAACGUCAUGCAUCAUCACCGAGCAUAAACAUACUGAGCCGAGUGACCAGUCGAUCUUCCCUUCGCUCGUCUUCAUCCGAUUCAAGUGGAAGAGCAAAGAGUGAGGAUGAUACAAAGAAGAAAGGACAGAGGUCUGCAUCACGGCUAAAUGACAGAGUCACCUGGAGGAGGAUCAGGGAUGAAGAUGUACCUCAGAUCUUGAAAAGCACUCUGCCAGCCAAUGCAUUACCUCUGGUGCCUUCUCCUGAUGGGGAACAGCCAAAGCCAUCAGCUCUUCCAGGAAAACUGCCAACCAUUCUACUUGCAUCUCGCAAGACAAGUGAUGCUAUAGUCCAGACAGAAGAUUUUUCGAACAACAAGACCAACUCGAGCACCUCUCCAACAGUCGAAACAGCUCGGGUGACCUCGGAGGAAGUGGCACGAUUUUCGCUACUCCGAAAGACUAGUGCCAGCUCUGGGAGUAACAUCCAGGAAGGAGAUUCAGACGUCUCCCUGAGGAGCCACAGCACCGUCUCCACAGGAACAACAGACAACCACAUAGGUGGAGUUGUCCAUUUCCGCCAAGGAUCCCCCAGCAAGGCCGCCCGAAUCACUCCAUUUAAUUACACCCCAAGCCCCAUUUCCUGCUGCCUGCAAGAAACACAGAGCCAAGCAGCCACAAUCAAUGAAAAGUCAGGGGAAAAAAGUGAGUCGUAGGAUAUUUAGUGGAUUACUAGAUGACAUGGAUGAUUCUACUGUGUUCCUGAACGAAACUCAGGUGGACAGACUAGGAGUGUGCUGGCCCCUAUACCUCGGGUAUUGACCCUUUACU